GACAAGUACGCGUGCCUGUCGGACGUGAAUCGAGCAGGGAGAAGUGUAGGAUGUUAUGAACCUUAGCUCUGAUUUUCACUUAAAAGGAACACAUUAAAAUAAGCUAAAAAAACAAUGGCCAAGCAAAGCACUAUGUUUAACUUCUUUUCGAAGUCUCCGCCUCUCACCACUAAAACGAAGCCCAGUCCUUCUCCCACCGAGGCAGAUCUACCAUCAUCGGUGAAGAACUUGAACACUUCUCCGAAGGAGGCGGCGAAACAGGAAGCAUCACAGAACACUAAAAAAAUCCAGGCGAAAACUAACAAAUCUGUCUCCAAAGCAAGUUUCGGAAAACUUUUCGGAGGUAAAACACCUUCAGUAAAAGAGAGCCCACAGCCAUGCCCUUUCAGUGCCGGUGCCCUGGUGUGGGCCAAGCUGGAAGGGCACCCCUGGUGGCCGUGCAUGGUAGUGCCACAGCCGCUGAGCGGGCAGCAGAUGAGGGGUCGCGGGCGGGACCAGCGCCUGCACGUCCAUUUCUUCGACGAGCCGCCGACCCGCGGCUGGGUCAGCGUCAAGUACGUCCGGGAGUUCAAAGGCUCGGACAGCAGCGAGGCGAAGACGGGGGGCGUGUUCUUCAGCGGGAAGCCCGUGAUUCGCCGCGCGAUGGAGCUGGCGGACCGCGUCUUGCCCGACGCCGUCGAGAAGAGGCUGCAGAUUCCCGUCUGCGCCGAUCCGUCUGAGGACGAGGACGAGGGGGAAGAGGACAUGGAGGUUGACAAAUCGACACUGUCGGAUGAGGAGCUGGGUGAGGAAGAGGAGGAGGAGGUGAAGGCUAAGCCCAGCCGACGCUCGGCCAGGGCGCGGGGCGAGGAGGGGCAGAAGAAGCCCAAGAGACGUCGCAUCGUGGUGCAGUCGGACAGCGAGGGCUCGGACGAGGAGUUCAAACCCGAGCCGGCGGGGAGCAGCAGCGAGGAAGAGGAGGAGGCGGAGGAAGAUGCCAGCAGCGGGGAGGCCGAGGAGGAAGAGGAUGAGGAGGAGAGCAGGUCGGAAUCCGAACAGGACAGUCCCGUGAAGCCCGUCAAACGCAAACGCCCGGCGGAGAAGCCGACCAAACCCAAGGCCGCCCUGCCCGUCCCCGCCCAGCCCGCGAAGAAGGCGGCCCCCACCGCGGUUUCCGCCGGCACCAAGUCCAAGCUGUCGGCCUUCUCGGCCCCGGAGAGCUUCGACAGCCAGGGGUCGGGGGCCCCCGGCGAAGGCUCCACCGUCUGGGACCACGAGAAGCUGGACUGGCUGCAGGAGGGCCGCAGGAAGGACGGCAAGCGCCGUCGCCAGGGCGACCCGGACUACGACCCCGCCACCCUGCACGUGCCCGACGACUUCCUGAACAAGUGCACGCCGGGCAUGCGCCGCUGGUGGCAGCUGAAGUCGGAGAUGGCGGACACGGUGAUCUUCUACAAGGUGGGCAAGUUCUACGAGCUCUACCACAUGGACGCGGUGGUGGGCGUGAGCGAGCUGGGCCUGGCCUUCAUGCGGGGCGCCUGGGCGCACUCGGGCUUCCCCGAGAUCGGCUUCGCCCGCUUCUCCGACGGCCUGGUGCAGAAGGGCCACAAGGUGGCGCGGGUGGAGCAGACGGAGACCCCCGAGAUGAUGGAGGCGCGCUGCCGCACCAUGGCGCGGCCCACCAAGUACGACCGGGUGGUGCGCCGGGAGGUGUGCCGCGUCAUCACCAAGGGCACGCAGACCUACAGCGUGCUGGACGGCGCGCCGGCCGAGACCGAGAGCCGCUACCUGCUGAGCGUCAAGGAGCGGGCGGAGGGCGAGGGCGCCACCGCGCCCAGGUCCUACGGCGUGGCCUUCAUCGACGCCUCCGUGGGCCGCUUCUACCUGGGCCAGUUUCGGGACGACCGGCACUGCUCCCGGCUCCGCACGCUCGCGGCCCACUACGCCCCCGCCCAGGUGCUGUUCGAGCGGGGCAACCUGUCGGCCGAGACCCAGAAGCUCCUGAAGGCCACCCUGUCCUCCGCCAUGCAGGAGGGGCUGGCGCCCGGCACGCAGUUCUGGGACGCCGGCAAGACCCUGAAGACGCUGGCGGAGGAGGACUACUUCAAGGAGGGCGACGGCCUCCCUCCCCCCCUCAAGGCCAUGACGUCGGAGAGCGACGCCCUGGGCCUGACCCCGGGCGAGGGGCACGAGCUCGCCCUGUCCGCCCUGGGCGGCUGCGUCUUCUACCUGAAGAAGUGCCUGGUGGACCAGGAGCUCAUCUCCAUGGCCAACUUCGAGGAGUACGUCCCCGUGGACGUGGAGAUGGAGCGGGCGGACGGGGACUCCGGCGUCUUCCGGCAGGCCCGGCAGCGCAUGGUGCUGGACGGGGUGACGCUGGCCAACCUGGAGGUGCUGCAGAACGGCUCGACGGGGGGCGGCGAGGGCACCCUGCUGGAGAGGCUGGACACCUGCUGCACGCCCUUCGGCCGGCGGCUGCUCAAGCAGUGGCUGUGCGCGCCGCUCUGCGGCCCCGUGUCCAUCGGGGACCGGCUCGACGCCCUGGAGGACCUGAUGGGGGCCCCGGGGCCGGCCAGCGAAGCCACCGAGCUGCUGAAGAAGCUCCCGGACCUGGAGCGGCUCCUGAGCAAGAUCCACAGCAUGGGCACGCCCCUGAAGAGCCAGGGGCACCCCGACAGCCGCGCCGUGCUGUACGAGGAGAUCACCUACAGCAAGCGCAAGAUCGCCGACUUCCUGUCGGCGCUGGAGGGCUUCCAGACCAUGCGACAGAUCAUCUCCACCCUGGAGCCGGCCGCCGCCGAGGGCUUCCGGUCCAGGCUCCUCCGGCAGGUGGCGGUGUGCAAGGCGGACGGCGAGGAGGGCCUGUUUCCGGACCUUUCCGCCGAGCUCCAGCGCUGGGAGACGGCCUUCGACCACCACAAGGCCCGCUCCACCGGCGUGAUCACCCCCAAAUCCGGCUUCGACCCGGAGUACGACCAGGCCCUCGAGGGGGCGAAGGACACGGAGCGGGCCCUGCAGGAGUACCUGGACCGGCAGAAGAAGCGGCUGGGCUGCCGGAACAUGGCCUACUGGGGCACGGGCCGGAACCGGUUCCAGAUGGAGGUGCCGGACAGCGUCUCCGACCGGAACAUCCCGCGGGAGUACGAGGCGAAGUCCACCAAGAAGGGCUGGAAGCGCUACUGGACGCGGGAGAUCGAGCGGCUGUUCGGCGAGCUGCAGGGCUGGGAGGAGAAGAGGGACACGGCGCUCAAGGACUGCAUGAGGAGGCUCUUCUACAACUUCGACAAGAACUACAGAGCCUGGCAGACCGCCGUGGAGUGCAUGGCCGUGCUGGACGUGCUGCUGUGCCUGUCCCGGUACAGCCAGGGUGGGGACGGCCCCAUGGCCCGGCCCAAGGUGCUCCUCCCGGGGGAGGCGCCCGAGUCCCGGCCCUUCCUGGACCUCCGGGGGUCCCGCCACCCCUGCGUCACCACCACCUUCUUCGGGGACGACUUCAUCCCCAACGACAUCUUCAUCGGCUGCCGGGGCGAGGGCGAGGGCGAGGGAGAGGAGGAGGAGUGCGGGGAGGACGAAGGGCGGGCCACCUGCGUGCUCGUCACCGGGCCCAACAUGGGCGGGAAGUCCACCCUCAUGAGGCAGUGUGGGCUGGUGGUGAUCCUGGCCCAGCUGGGCUGUUACGUCCCGGCGGAAAGCCUGAGUCUGACCCCGGUGGACCGGGUCUUCACCAGGCUCGGCGCCUCGGACCGCAUCAUGUCCGGGGAGAGCACCUUCUACGUGGAGCUGAGCGAGACUGCGAGCAUCCUCCACCACGGGACCAGCCACUCCCUCGUGCUCCUGGAUGAGCUGGGCAGGGGAACGGCCACGUACGACGGCACGGCCAUCGCCAGCGCGGUGGUGAAGGAGCUGGCCGAGACCAUCCGCUGCAGGACGCUGUUCUCCACGCACUACCACUCCCUGGUGGAGGACCACGCCCGCGACCCCGCCGUCCGGCUGGGGCACAUGGCGUGCAUGGUGGAGAACGAGUGUGAGGACCCCAGCCAGGAGACCAUCACCUUCCUGUACAAGUUCAUCAGGGGGGCGUGCCCCAAGAGCUACGGCUUCAACGCCGCCCGAUUGGCCAGCCUGCCCGAGGAGGUCAUCCAAUCGGGACACCGCAAGGCGCGGGAGUUUGAGAGGAGCACAGUCACCCUCCGGGUCUUCAGGCAGCUGUGUUCGUUUGCUGAAGACCCCAAACCCGACGCUGAACGCUUCGCCUCGCUGGUCCGCACCAUCAACGAACUCUAAAGGAAAACCGCUCUUCUUGUUCCUCGUUCUCUAUCCUCUCUCUCUCACUCUCUCUCUCCC